AUGGAAGAUUCCCAAGAGCGCAAGGUCUCCCAUUGGGCCGAUGUGAAAGAAAUCUUUGAACCAAUCAUUGUCGCCUCCAAAUACCUCAGCAGCCUAAUCCCCACACGACUGAGGCCUCGCCGACCAAAGCUCAACUUCAUUGCGGUACAUUACAGCUACGUGGUCGGGAUGACCAUUGUCAUUUCCAUCAUGGUGUACCCGGCGAUGCCCAUGCCAUAUAUCGAUGCCCUCUUCUUCGCCGCUGGGAGUGCCACUCAGUCCGGGCUGAACACAAUCGAUGUGAAUCUGUUGAAUACCUACCAGCAGGUCGUGUUGUGCUUGAUGACAUGCAUCUGUACGCCCAUAUGGAUCAACACUUCGGUCGUCUUCGUUCGCCUCUACUGGUUCCAGCAACGAUUCGCCCACGUCGUCAAGCAGAUUCGAGAGGCACGACGCACCAAAGGGCGAUCAAUCACCAGUCGAUCACGUAGUCAAAUGCGAGACGAGCAGGAUGAAAAGCGCAACGACGACCCAAGCCAGCUGGAAGCUAAUGUCAAUGGACGGCGUAUCACCGUUUUACGCGAAAGCUUGGAUCCAGGCGGUAUGAGUGGUGCUCCUGGAAAGGCGAAUGAGCGGCGUCGGCAGCUUCUAGACAAACUAGGAAUGGAUGAUAUCACAGAGUGCAUGAAUCCCACUCCAGAUAGCAGCCGAAAUGACAGCGUUGAAGACAAGGAGCAUGACACCGGAUCUGACGAGACAACACUGAACGCAUUUUCCCAUAGAGGAUCGCGGCCACAGACGCCUCGGCCGCAAACUCCACGACCACAAACUCCACUACCACAAACUCCACUACCACAAACUCCACRAAUGCCCGAGACGCCGACGAUUUCUUUCAUGGGUCUGCCACCUCGGCUGAAUCGCGAAAUAACGUUUGCAGAUGAGGUUCCGAAGAAAGAUGACACAGAUGCUGCCACCCCAGAGCUUGCCCAUGUACCGGAGCAUCGAGACAUAUCGAAGCACGUUGAGUUCCUCGAGCGGCAGCAGAAUAACGCCAAGAAAAGCGGUGCUCUGUACAUCCCUGGUCCUCGAGACUUUGACAGAGGCAAAGUUCCAGAGGAAAUGGACCACGACAUGACCAUCUCACGUCUCCAUACGAAGACAUCUUUCAACGGUAGGAGUGAUCGCUCUCCCAGUGUUGAUGAUGAACGGAGCGCAAGCCCCCAGGAUGACGGCCACCAAAAACGAGGCAUUACCAUCAAUGUGCCAGAUCAUCCCGCGCAUCGUAAUGAAGAUGCAAAGUCCACCGCGGAGAGUCCGAAGCGAGAGGAAGACAUUCACAGGUCCGGACUUCGACGACGUGGAAGCGGCAAGCUUGGGGAACGGACUCGCAGCAUCGCUCAGACGUGGACCAACAUAACUGCCACCAUGACGCAGUCCAAAGUCGAGGAMCCAAUGCCAUAUUUCGCCUGGUCCGCCACCACAGGACGCAACAGUCUGUUCCUCGGGUUGACCGAAGAACAAAGAGAGGAUCUUGGAGGCAUUGAGUAUCGUGCACUAAAAACUUUGGCUAAGAUAUUGAUUUGCUAUUUCUUCGGUUUUCACAUCCUCGGCAUGAUGGUCUUCACACCCUGGAUCUCAUACACACAGCCGUGGAAGGAUACCGUUCUGGAGAUCGGGCAGAGCCCUGGAUGGUGGGGCGUCUUCACACCCGCUUCCCUGUUCAAUGAUCUCGGCCUUACAUUGACUCCAAAUUCCAUGAUCAGCUUCCAAAGUAGCGUCCUGGCGCUUCUAUUUGGAUCUUUUCUCAUCAUUAUUGGCAACACAGGCUUCCCGUGCAUGCUGAGGUUCAUCAUCUGGUUCAUGUCCAAGGUUGUCAGCAGAGAAGGCGAACUUUGGGAAGAGCUACGCUUCCUGCUUGACCMCCCGCGUCGAUGCUUUACGCUGUUGUUUCCCUCAAAGGCAACCUGGUGGCUGUUCUGGGUCCUCGUACUGCUCAACGGCAUUGACUUAAUCUUCUUCAUAAUAUUGGAUUUGAAUCAACAUGUGGUMACCGAGCUGCACCCAGGCCUCCAGGUUCUCAACGGUUGGUUCCAGGCCUGCUCGACUAGAACCGCUGGAUUUGCUUCGGUCAAUCUCGCGGAACUGCAUGCCGCCAUCCAGGUCAGCUAUCUGAUCAUGAUGUACAUCUCCAUCUUUCCGAUUGCUAUUUCGGUCCGCAGGACCAACGUCUACGAAGAGCAAUCUCUUGGAAUUUUCGGUGGCGAAGAGGAGAAAGGCGAUGGCGGCGAUGAGCCCAGCUAUGUCAGCCAGCAUUUGCGACGCCAGCUUUCCUUCGAUCUGUGGUACAUCUUCUUGGGACUCUUCAUCAUUGCAAUUGUCGAGGGUGAUCGCAUUGCCAAUGUCAACGACGCCGCAUUUACGUUAUUCAGCGUCCUGUUUGAGAUUGUCUCGGCGUACGGCACUGUUGGGCUGUCCCUGGGCUAUCCCGGCAUCAAUGCAAGCUUCUCCGCUGAGUUCAGAACAAUCAGCAAAUUGAUCAUCAUUGCUAUGAUGAUUCGUGGGAGGCAUCGUGGACUGCCCUACGCACUCGAUCGCGCCAUCCUCCUUCCCAGCGAGAAGCUGCAAGAGAAAGAAGCGGCGGAGAGCCAAAGGAGAAUGGCGGUCGCGAGGAGAGGAAGUGCGUUCGCGGAGGAGAAUGAGAAUCUGGAAAGAAAUCGAUCUUGGGAAGACGGCGAACUCGACCAUCAUGGUCUGCCAAGACAGCAUACUGUUUCAGAUGCCAUGACAGCUGGUGCGGGUGGGGAGCAUGAACCCGAAGGAAUGCGCAGAUUGCACACGCGCCGUUCGACGGCUGCAAGUGCCAAGUCUGUUUCGCCCAAGAGACAUCAGCGAGCGAGAAGUCUGACUCGAGUGGUUUUGAGCGGCCUUUCAGCUGGGCCCACUCUCUCCAAGCGGGAUUAG